CUUAUUCAAUGAAAGAAGCUGGCUUUCCUCUCGGAAUAUUGCUUUUAUUCUGGGUUUCAUAUGUUACAGACUUUUCCCUUAUUUUAUUGAUUAAAGGAGGGGCCCUCUCUGGAACAGACACUUACCAGUCGUUGGUCAAUAAAACCUUUGGUUUUCCAGGCUUUCUCCUCCUCUCAGUUCUACAGUUUUUGUAUCCUUUCAUAGUUGAUCCUGAAAACUUGUUUAUUGACCGUCACGUCAUUAUCGUGAUUUCCACAGUUGCCUUUAACCUGCCUUUAUCGCUGUACCGAGACAUUGCAAGGCUUGGAAAGAUAUCCCUUAUUUCUACAGUUUUAACAACUCUAAUUGUUGGAAUUGUAAUGGCAAGGGUCAUUUCAUUGGGUCCAUACAUACCCAAAACAGAAGAUGCCUGGGUAUUUGCAAAGUCCAAUGCCAUUCAAGCUGUUGGUGUUAUGUCAUUUGCAUUUAUUUGCCACCAUAAUUGCUUCUUAGUUUAUGGUUCUUUGGAAGAACCCACCGUAGCUAAGUGGUCCCGUGUCAUCCAUGUGUCCAUCUUGGUCUCUGUAUUUAUUAGUGUGCUAUUUGCUACCUGUGGAUACUUGACAUUUACCGGCUUCACACAAGGAGACUUAUUUGAAAAUUACUGCCGAAAUGAUGACCUGGUAACUUUUGGAAGAUUUUGUUAUGGGGUCACUGUUAUUUUGACGUAUCCAAUUGAAUGCUUUGUGACUAGAGAGGUAAUUGCCAAUGUGUUUUUUGGUGGGAACCUUUCGACAAUUGUCCACAUCACUGUAACCCUGGUUAUCGUUACGGCGGCCACUCUUGUGUCAUUACUGACUGACUGCCUUGGAAUAGUUUUAGAGCUCAAUGGUGUGCUCUGUGCAGCUCCUCUAAUUUUUAUCAUUCCAUCAGCAUGCUAUCUCAAGCUGUCUGAAGAGCCAAGGAUGCACUCAGAUAAGAUUAUGUCCUUUGUCAUGCUUCUCAUUGGUGCUGUGGUGAUGGUUGUUGGAUUCGUCAUGGCCGUCACACGUCCACAAGAUUGCACCCACGGGCAGGAAAUGUUCUACUGCUUUCCUAACAAUUUCUCCCUAGUUUCUCAUUUUCAACUGACAACACAACUUCCAAUUUUUAACAUCAGUAUCUUGCAGUGAACUACUUUAAACAAUAUACAUGUUUUCAUAAACUU